UCACGUGUCCGCGGCCUCAGCGGGGCGGGGCCGGCGUCUCUUGCCUUCCGUCACUUCCGGUUCUCUGUCAGUCGCGAGCGAGGGAGCAGGAGGGUGUACGAUUGCACGAGCGAAGCAAUGCCUAAGUCAAAGGAACUUGUUUCUUCAAGCUCUUCUGGCAGUGAUUCUGACAGUGAAGUUGACAAAAAGUUAAAGAGGAAAAAGCAAGUUGCUCCAGAAAAACCUGUGAAGAAGCAAAAGACUGGUGAAACUUCAAGAGCUCUGUCAUCUUCCAAACAGAGCAGCAGCAGCAGAGAUGAUAACAUGUUUCAGAUUGGGAAAAUGAGGUAUGUUAGUGUUCGGGACUUUAAAGGGAAAGUUCUAAUUGAUAUUAGAGAAUAUUGGAUGGAUCCAGAAGGUGAAAUGAAACCAGGAAGAAAAGGUAUUUCUUUAAAUCCGGAGCAGUGGAGCCAGCUGAAGGAACAGAUUUCUGACAUUGAUGAUGCAGUAAGAAAACUGUAAAAUCCGAGCCAUAUAAAACCUGUACUGUUCUAGUUGUUUUAAUCUGUCUUUUUACAUUGGCUUUUGUUUUCUAAAUGUUGUUUUCCAAGCUAUUGUAUGUUUGGAUUGCAGAACAAUUUGUAAGAUAAAUACGUUUUUUUAAUGUGCAUUAUUAAAAAUGUUCUGAGUGAA